AGUGGUCCUAACUCCAGCAAGGCUCCCGUGCCGUUGUUCAAGCGGGUGGUGAUCGUCCUGAUCGACGCUCUCAGAGAGGACUUUGUGUUCGGCUCUGAUGGCCGGAGGUUCAUGCCCUACACCAGACAUGUGGUGGAGAGAGGCUCUUCUCACAGCUUCAUCGCCAAAGCCAGACCGCCCACCGUCACCAUGCCCAGAAUUAAGGCUCUGACCACCGGCAGCAUCCCGGGCUUCAUAGACGUGGUGAUGAACCUGAACUCUCCAGCUCUGCUGGAGGACAAUCUCAUCUGGCAGGCCAAGAGCGCUGGCAAACGGAUCAUCUUCUACGGCGACGACACUUGGGUUCGACUCUUCCCCAAACACUUCAUGGAGCAUGACGGCACUACCUCAUUUUUUGUGUCUGACUACACAGAGGUGGACCAUAACGUGACCCGUCAUCUGGAUGGCACUCUGAAGCGAGAUGACUGGGAUAUUCUGAUUCUGCAUUAUCUGGGUCUGGACCACAUCGGACACAUCAGCGGACCCCACAGCUCUCUGAUAGGACCCAAACUGAUGGAGAUGGACGACAUCAUCAAGAAGAUACAUGCCUCGCUCGUAUCAAAGGAAUCUGAAGGGACGUUGCCCAACUUACUGGUUCUGUGUGGAGACCACGGCAUGUCUGAAACCGGCAGUCACGGCGGAUCGUCGGAGCCAGAAAUCAACACGCCCCUCGUGCUCAUCAGCCCCGCCUUCAGGAGGAAAGCGGGAUUUGAUGAGCCAGGUGUCCUGGAGCAGGUGGAUCUGACCCCCACCCUCGCACUGGGUCUGGGGUUACCCAUCUCCAAGAACAGCGUGGGCCAUUUGAUUCCAGCUGUGUUUGAGGAGUUAUCACUCAGAGAACAGCUGCGCCUCCUCCAGAUCAACGGACACCAGCUCAGCCGCCUCCUACAGGACAGCAAUCCCACCUUCCACAAGGAGGAUGGUUACGAGCAGUUUCGCGUGGCAGAGAAGUCUCACGGAAGCUGGAUGCAGCUCUAUGUGGAUGGAAACACGUCUGAGGUUUUGAGUAACAUGGGCAAGAAGGUUCUCAAACAGUAUCUGGAGGCCCUGAAGGCAAUGAGUUCAGCUCUGAGCAAACAGCUGGGCAAAUACGACAUGUACUCCAUGAUCAUGGGCAUGAUCUUCACACUGCAGGUGCUGUUUUUGCUCUUGUUGGCCAUGCCGGAGGCGUUGAGCAGGGAGGCAGUUGUGGACGUCCCGCUGGCAUCAUCUCUGCUCUCUCUGCCCUUCUACCUGCUGUGUCUGUUCGGCUCGGCCCUUCACGUGCUGCUCUGCACCUCCGCCGGGGGCCCCUGCUAUCUCUGCUCUCUCCCUUGGGUCCUAGUGUUCUCCGUCAUCCUCCUGUCCUCCGCCUUCACAUGUGCUCUGGUUAGUAUGGUGGCAAGGAGGAUGCCAACCAGCAAUAAGACCCCUACUAAGGGUUCUGACUGGACUCUGUCGGAGUUGGACGUUCUGUUGCUGAUUGGUACAGUGGGUCACACCCUCAGUUUGGCUUCCAGCAGCUUCAUAGAGGAGGAACACCAGACUUGGUACUUCCUGCUCAACACGCUGUGCCUGGCCAUCUUCCAGGACGUCUGCAGGAAGUACUUCAAGGAGCAGAGGCAUGGAGAUGAAGAGGACAAGGGGCCUUUGCUUCCCUCCGGUGCUGAGGAAGGACCGUCGUUCUUCCCGGCGGUGGAGCUGGGAAUGAGUCCGGGCUCGGAGAAAUGGCUGGCGCUGGCGACCCCGCUGCUGACCUUGACCUGCUGUCGCCUGCUGAGGUCACUGAACCAGACCGGAGUGCAGUGGGCUCACUUGCCUGACUUUGGACACUGGCUCAACAGUGGGGAUCAUAAGGCGUUCCUCUCUUUGUUGGCGGCGGUGUCUCUGGUUCUGAUCUUUCUCCUGGUUCAGCGUCACUGCUCACUGGUGUCUAAGAUCGCUCUGGCUCUCGGCCUGCUCGGAGUUUACAGCUAUCGCGCCGCCGUCGGAAAUGUCCUGUUCCCAUGGCAACACAGCAGCCGUGCCGUCUCCAAAGGAACCGUCGAGGCGCGAUUCGUCUAUGUUUUCGUCCUUGGUAUUUUGUUCACCGGCGUGAAGGACCUGUUGCGCUCGCAGGUGAUGUCAUCAGCGGGGGACAGUGGGCGGCUGAAGAGCAGAGGACUGUGGGAAGUGUACUCCGGGGUGGUGUUACUGGUGGCUCUGCUGUUCAGAGCUCAUAAUUUGCCCACGCUGGCCUGCUGUCUGCUCAUCCAGACCGUCAUGGCUCAGUUCAUCUGGAAGAAGCUGCACUACGAUGCCGCCCAGACUACCAUCAUGCACUACUGGUUCGGCCAGGCUUUCUUCUACUUUCAGGGCAACUCUAAUAACAUUGGGACCGUGGACAUCUCUGUUGGUUUUGUGGGUCUGGAGAGUUAUGUGGAAGCACCUGCCAUUUUCCUGACGGCGCUGAGCACCUACGCAGGACCGCUGCUCUGGGCCUGUCACCUGCUGUGCUUCCUCAGUUCACAGAGAGACAGGGCUGUAAUGGGUCUUGGUCAUGGCAGCUACUGCUUCGCGCUCCUGCGGUCCAUCCCAGCUGUGUUUUAUGUGGUUAUGGUCACUGGUCUCCGAUACCACCUUUUCAUCUGGAGCGUGUUUUCUCCAAAACUCUUGUACGAGGCCAUGCACACCCUCAUCAACACCGCAGUGUGUCUGUUUUUCACCUUUAUGGAUCAGGAACGCUCGGCCAGACCAUGAAUACAAACGCAGAACCAAAGCCAAACUCAGGUACAGAACAAACGGUGCAGUUGAGUUUUGUGCACCAAAAGGAGAAAUGAGAGAAAAAGCGAUGGGAGAAGGUUUUCGAUAAUUCUACUACUGUGAAUUGAGGUCAACGUUAAGAAUUCAGAGCUUACGUGGAGAUUUGGCUUGCUCUACUGACCUCUGCUCAUUUGUGUGUGUGAUUAAAUUAUUUUUUAUAUUUUUUGAGGGGUCUUCGAUAGUGCAGAUAAUGUAUAGGAAGACUUAUGGGUGUACAUGUGAUAAUCCCUCUCAUUCUCUAUGCAGUUUUCUUCCUAAAGCUUUACAGAUAAUGGAGAGUAAUUCCUUCUGUAUCUUGCAAUUUCCAUUCCUGACCUGCUUCACCUUAGAAUAAUACGAGAUAAGAUACAUCAUUUAUAGCUCUCCCCUUGCUGAGAUCACAGCAGAUGUAAACUCCUCACACACUUGAAAGCUUUAAGAGAUCUUAAAUAUCUUUUAAAUCAUAUCUAAACACAACUACGCGUGACAUUUUAGUUUAAUCCGUCUGUUGGAAAUCUGAAUUGUAAGCUGAUUUAUGUUGGGAAGUGUUUUUCUUUAUCUCAGUUCUUAGAUAUGGUUAAUAUUAAUAAAACAAAUCCUUUUCUGAUUGAGAGUAAUUCAUUUCUGCAUGCUUUUUAAUGUGUGAUUCACAGUUUUGCCUCUCUGAUUUGUUCUGAUACAGUCGCUGUGUACAAGUUUAAAAGUUAUGUCAAAGUCACUUAUUAAUCAGUGACACUAACAGUGGGACUUAACCAAACGUGAUGCAAUAACACAUUGACCAUCACAAGACUUUGUCUUUUUGCUUUGUUUCUGUCUUCAUUACAUUGUGCUUAGUAGCUCUGCCCUCAGUGAAAUCUUAUUGGUCAAAAAAUCUGCUCCAUGUGACUGUAUAUUAAACAAUCAUUCUCUGAAUGGCAAAUUUAUAUUGUAAGUUUUAUGUUUUAAGUUUUGCUUCCAUUAAUGGUUAUGGACUGUUUUAUUACUGUUGUUGAUGAUAUUGGCAUACAUUACCAUUCUAAAGUUUAAGAUCAAGAUUUUUUAAAUGUUUUUGAAAGAAGUGGCUUAUUUUCACUAAGGCUAAAAUAUAGUAUGAAGCAGUAAUAUUUUGAAAUAUUUUACAAUUUUAAAUAACUGUUUGCAUAUAUAAAAUGUAACUUACUCCCUAGAUGCAAAGGAACGACACUCCAGUCUCAUGAUGUCAGUGUCACAUGAUCCUUCAGGAAUAAUUUAAAUAUGCUGAUUUGCUGCUCAAGAAACAUUUUUAUUAUGAUCAACAUUGAAAACAAAUUUUCACUUUUUUUCUUUCUUUUUUUACUAUGUGAUGUAUGGAUGGAUGACAUUUUUGUUUUUUGUAUAUUGAAUAAUUGUGAAGGGAUCAUAAAUGUUUAAUGUUUCUUCUUAUUAUUUUUCUGUUAUGUUGAAGUCUGUAAUGCUACUUAACAUCAGGAUGCUUGUGCAGUUCAAAAUGAGAACGGAUAAAGGAGUUGGUGAGGAUUCUGGAAUCAUUUGAAUGGUUAAACUCUCUAUGAUUCCUAUCCCUAACUCUAGCAGAUACCGUAAAGGAAGUGGGCGUUUGAGAUGUCUGCUUCCUCCCAGUGAAUCAUGCUCUGCUUUGACCUUUUUAUUGGCUGGAGAAGUUGAUUCUGUAACCUAAUGCCUUUUUGAACUGCAAACAUCCUCAUGGGAAAGAGUAGAGAGCAGAGUCUCUCCCAAUGGAGCAAAUAUAGUCUGGAGGUUUAGUUUGACCUCUGGGAUUCAGUUCUGCUUGCACUGUGUUCCGAGAGCCUGAUUUAGAGACCCACAGAGCACACUAAUUGUAUCUUUCCAAGGAUAAAAAUACUCAAUAUUUGACAUGUGAACUAUUACCCUUCAUUUUAUAUAAGGGAUAGUGUUCAGUCAGCUGGUCAUUCUAUCUAAUUCAAUCCCAGCUUCACAUCCUAAGGGUGUUUAUUUUGCAAUCAUGACUCAACGACAUUAUUCGGCUUAUUGCACAGCAGCUUACCAAAUAAAUAAAUGAAUGCACAUUCAA